AUGGAUAAGGUGACGCAUAUCCCGGUUGUGGAACUUAAUCAUCUACUCACUUGUCAUCUCUGCAAAGGCUACAUCAUUGAUGCAACUACAGUCGUUGAAUGUCUACAUUCCUUUUGCAAAACUUGCAUUAUUAACUACCUUGACAACCAUAAUACAUGCCCUGUUUGUGAUACUCUCCUUCACAAAACGCGUCCCCAAUGUGCUAUCCGCUCAGACUCUGCUAUGCAGGCUAUAGUAUAUAAGUUGCUUCCCAAGCCAGGUUCAUGUAAAAUGAUUUGUCAUUGUUUCUCAUUCUCACUAGCUCUUCACCCGGAUGAGCGUGGUCUUCUUAGCCCCGAGAAGCGCGGUGACAUUAGUCUGAAUGCGUAUGUUGAGAAAGAGGAGGAGCGCGUUAGCAUUGAGUUAAGUCUCUGGCGUGAUCGAUGCGGUCCGACGCCUCCAGCAAGCAUCCAGUCUACUACUUACCUUCUCUGCCCUCCUGCCCUCACCGUCGGCCAUCUAGAGAAGCUCGUUCGUCUCAAAUUCGACCUUCCAUCGACUCAGCACGCAGUGGAGUUCUUUUUUUUAGACAACAGCGGUGUCAGCGGGGGAGAGCGGUUCACAUCAGAAUUCACGCUCUCGGACCUGGUGUGUAUAUACUCCUGCACACACUCCUGGGUACGUGCGAAACGAAAUGGAUAUGCUGGUGGCGAGGCAAGGCCUAUGAAGCUCUUCUUCUCCGUCUUACCGAUUUCACCAAAAGCACUGGAAACGGCGGAGGAAGCAAUCACCUCCACCAGUACUGUUGCUACGACCGCCGCCACGGUUGCUAGCAAUCCUAUCGCUCUGUCAACUGGUUAG